AAAAAACACAUGCCCCCAACUCAGGGCUCCACCUUACAAGAGAGAGGAGGAUCACAAACCGACAGACACAGAAAUCAUAAAAGUGGACACAACAUUUUGCAAAGUCAUUGGACCCUGAGCUCACUUGCAGUGCAAAGAAAGCCAUGCAGGAUGAAGACGGAUACGUCAUAUUAAAUGUUAAAACUCGCAAACCAGCUAUCACCUCAGAUGACCCUGCUCCCUCAUCACUGUGGCGUGUGAUGGCUUUGAUUCUGCUGGUCUUGUGCAUCGGGUCGGUUGUUGGACUCGUGACUCUGGGGAUUAUGUCUGUCAAGCAGCAUAACUACCUACAAAUCGAGAAUAAAAAUCUCUCGGGAAUUCUGCAACAAUUAUUAACAAACCAGUACUGCCAAGAUUUAAUAAAACCAUCAGAAAAAAAGGACAAUCUCAGCCAGAAGGGUAGCCCUUGUGACAAAAAUUGGAGAAAUUUUGAAGGUAGUUGCUAUGGAUUCUUCAGGCACAACUUGACCUGGGAAGAGAGCAAGAGGUACUGCACCAACCUGAACGCGACUCUACUGAAGAUUGCCAACCAGAAGAUUCUCGAAUACAUCAAAUCCAGGACUGCAUUAAUUCGUUGGGUUGGAUUGUCCCGCAAGAACUCCAGUCCAGUCUGGAAGUGGGAAGAUGGCUCAGCUCCCUUCAAAAAUAUGACUGAGCUUUCUGAAAAUGCAAGAGAAAAUAUGAAUUGUGCUUAUUUUCAUAAUGGAAAAAUUCACCCUACCUUUUGUGAGAACAAACAUUAUUUAAUGUGUGAGAAAAAGGAAGGUAUGGCAAAGGUGGCCACAGUAGUUUAAUGCUAAGAGAUGGGAAGGAUGUCACUGAUAAAUGCUGAAUUAUAUAAUAAAUGCUCUGGAUGAAAGA